AUGGUAUUCACAAAACUGGCCGAUUGGGAGCAAGAGUACACAAUAUUCGUGAAGCUUACCGAUAUGCAACGCAUGGAGAUGGUGCGCGACCGCCUCCGCGAGUACCGAGCGGUGACGCGCGACGCGCUGGCGACGGCCUCGCACGCCGCUCUCAUGCGGCAGGGCUUCACCUACGACGACCGCAACGUGCCCCCCUUGCAGACGGUGCGCGGCCGAGCCGUCGGCGGCAUGUCCUACACGCAGAAGGCGAACAAGAGGAAGUAUUGCGAGCGGCUCGCGAGGUCCUCCAUCCUAUUCCCAUUUACU